AUGAUUCUCUUUUCCAUCCUCUUGCUCGCCCUCUCGCUGCUGGCUGGCUCCGUACAGGCCGGCAGCCGCCAUUGGGAGGUCCAUCCCUCCAAGCUCGCCGCUCGCGCCGUCUCCGUCAUUCCCGGAGACUCGGCCAAGGACACGCGUCUCUGGCCGAAGAGGACUCUGACCUACGCCUUUGCCAACUCCAACGCCAAGGUCAUGCUCAAGGGUAUCUUUCACUCGGCCACGCAGCACUGGAACCUAUUGAAGGGCUUCAAUUACAAUGAAAUCUCUCUGUCCAAGUGCAACGAGAAGCGUACAGAGUGUCUGGUGGUCAAUUACAAUGAUGAGGGUAGGCUGAGCUCAACUGUCGCCAUCCCAGCGCUGGAUGCCUCGGAUGCCUCGUACGUCGGGCCCGUCAUGCAUCUGAGCGAUCGCGCCGACGUGGGGCAUUUGGACGUCAAUGUGAAUGCCGCUCACGAGCUUGGCCACGCCUGGGGUCUGUAUCAUGAGCACCAGGUGCCGCGGUGGUGGAAGACGAGCCCGCAGGAUCUGGUGGACAUGAGGGAGUCCGGGUGGCUGUCAAUAUACUAUGGCAGUAUCUUCCACACCAAUAAAUUCAGGUGUGAGAACCUCAGAGGUUUUGACACGGCCAAGGCGAGCCUAGCCAGGGAGCUCAAGGUGAACGUCGAGGAACUCACAGUAGCCAACAUCAACAAGCUGUGUCGCCAACACAACACGGCCAGGAGGCACAAGUUCUUUGCGGUCGAAUGGGUGCCCAUCGACGGGCUGAUCAUGAACUUCGACGAAUCAUUUGACCCACAGUCGCUGAUGCUGUACCCCAGUGGCUCAGGCGGGGUUGGCGGCAUUGGUGACGAUGGCACGGAUAACCGGAUGCCGGUGCUCUUGUACUCAGACGACUCCAAGAUUGAGAUCAAGACGGGGACGUCGACUGCUGAUGUCAAGAAGCUGCAGGAUCUCUACGGCGUUGAUGCGAAGGGCAAGAGCACGCUACAUAAUGAGAAGGGUAACCUUCUUUCGGGGACGCUCAAGAGGUUGCGUAGUAUGUUGUCAAGUUCACAUUGGCCGCUGGUAGAAAUCGAGUUUGAAUCAUCUAUCGUCAAUUUGGCUUCUUCUAAGCUCCUACUUUGUCCACUUUGCUAG